AUUGUGUGGAAUUCACCAGCGAAUCCUAGUCACACGUUAAGCUGUGGUCAUGACGGUCGACUCCAGAUCAUCGAUGAUCGUGAUCCGAUGUUUAAGAAUAUGUUUCAAAGAAUCCGAGCAUUUAUGAUGUCCGUGUGUUGGCCAUGCCAUUACGGUGGCAUCGCGUACGCGGAUUCUGAUAACACGGUGCGAUACAUACGAAUGGAGGAUUUGAAAAAGACCACCGGAUUGAUUAUGCAUCAUGCGAAUGUUUGGAAUAGCAGCCUCGUAUUAUCACCCGUUCAUGGCAAGUUGUUCGGCGGACGGAUCGGUGAAAAUAGCAAACAUUUGUCGGUUGAGGGACAGACAUCAAGUAUUGAAAAUUUUACGCGAACACCUGCCCCGGAAACCACCAUCACCUAUCACGUCCCCGAAUCGUUCAGUCAUUUUUAUCGUCCGGAAAUUUCAAUACAACGA